AUGGCGACCUCGGAUCUCCAAGUAGUGCGCGUCUACAAGGAGCUAAUCGACCGCCUGUUGGAGCGCGCAGCUAAAGUCAAAGUCGACUCGCAAAUCGAGCCGCCGCUCACUGAAGGACUUCUCGGAGACAAUAUCUGGCAACUUGGGACCGACGAAGAUGAAGCAGUGAAUCACCUUAAUUUGCAGACGCGCCUCGCUGCUGUAGAAAUUGCUUUCCGCGAAAAGUUCUACCGCAUUCUCGCUUCGACUUCGAUCCAUGACCCUCCAUUCAUUCAGAUUUGGAACCUACUCGACAUCGUCUCCAUCUUCUCUGACAACGAACAAUGCGAGCCGGGUUUGAUCUUCUGGUUGAUUGAGGAGCUACUUGACAGCCAAACAAUUGACGGUUGUCGUAAAGUCUUCGAUUACCUUGAAUCGCGCCGUGAAAGAAACAUCAAGAAACACUUCAAGCAAAAGAGUCUGGUGAUCCUGCGAUCAUGCAAUGAGCUUCUACGUCGCCUAUCCCGUGCAGAGGACACAGUAUUCUGUGGCCGUGUCUUUAUCUUCCUGUUCCAAAGCUUCCCACUCGGCGACAAAAGUUCGGUCAACCUGCGGGGCGAAUUUCACACUGAGAAUGUCACCACUUUCGACAAUGUCUCGAACGCGACACCCAAGGCUGAGGAGGACACAGUCAUGACUGAUGGGGCUGACAACGCUUCCACUGCGGCUGACCAAUCAGAGAACCCUUCACAGGUUCCCAAAGUGGUUGUGAGUGAGGACACGGCUGGCAAGAUUGGUAAUCUGAAGGAGACAGUCGAUCUGGAUGCCUUGUAUCCAGUCUUCUGGAGCCUUCAGGCUUACUUCUCCUCACCCACCCAGCUCUUCGACUCCGAGCGGUUCGCUGCCUUCAAGACUGGUCUUGAGGCGACAGUUGCGGCCUUCAAAAAUAUGAAGGCUGAAUUGGAGAGCAAGGCUGGGUCAAGGUCCUCAGAGGAGGCUCGUAAAUCGCACAAGCGGAAGCGUGUUGCUGAGGAUGCUGAUGUCGGGAUCAGUUUCAAUCCGAAAUAUCUGACCAGCCGGGAUCUAUUUGACCUGGAAGUGAGCGACACCGCCUUCAGAAGACACGUUCUCGUUCAGGCACUCAUCCUGAUCGACUUUAUGCUCUCGCUCACGCCCACGGCCAAAUCUCGAAUGAGUGACGCAACCAAUAAGUCGGUCCUAUAUGGCUUUGAUCUCAACGAAGAAGAUGCCAAAUGGGCCGCUGACAUGAGAAAGAGCAUCGAAGGGUAUCUACGCCAGGGAGACGGUGGAAACUUUUACUUCCGAAUGGUAGAUACUGUGUUGUCUAGAGACAAAAAUUGGGUUCGGUGGAAGGCUGAAGGCUGUCCACCCAUUGAACGCCCACCUGUCUCAGUGGCGGACUACAUGAAUGCCCGCGAGCACGCGACCAAGGCCUACGCCAAUAAGCGGAUCCGACCAUCUCCCAUGGGGUCGCUCGACUUGAAUUUCUUGUCCGACAGUCAGGCUUUGGCCAAUAUCGAGCGGCUGAAGGAUUCCGACAGAGUCGCCACCCCAUCUGCAGAUUCCUUAAUGAUGGGUGUCAUGGACGAUGAGAUGGACAUUGACAUGGCACAGACACCAGAGGACAAGGCAAAUGCGGAAAAGGCCAAGUCGAGUAAAACCUGGCGUCUCCUGCGGUUGUCCGUCAAGACCAAACUUGACCGGUUCGACAAAUUCAAAGAUGGGGAGAAUCUGAACGCCCUUUUCGAGACCCCAGAGGCCCCAUCGGAGACUCCGCAGCCAGCUGAGGGCAGCCAACCACCCGAAGAAGGGAACGCCCCUGAGAAAACGCCUACUGCCGAGGCUCCCUCGGGUGGUGAACCUGGUGGUGACGGUGCCGGUGACACUGGCAACGAGAUUGCGGAAGACACCAAGGAGAGUGCUCCCGUCAUCAAGAGCGAGGAGGCCGCAGACGCUGGCCAGUCGAACGAACUUCCUUCAGAUCCGACGCCCGUCAAAGAGACGCCUGUACCCACCGAAGACAGUGUGCCCGAUACAGCGGGCUCAGCGGAUGCCGGCACAGCUCCUGAGCAGGAGGCCCAGAGUAAGCCCGAAGCAUCAUCAGUCUGA